AUCAUCUCGCUUCAAGCUAACCCAAUGAGCAUUAGUAGUGUGUCGCAAAAAUUCUGUCCUUUGCUUGCUUGUAUAAGAUACACGACAUUUAACUCCUAAACGGAAAUCUUCGGCGGAAAUAAAACAACUAGGACUUGUUUAUGCAAUGCUAGCUGCCGUUGCAAGACACCUCAUCGAACUUAUUAGCCUACUCGAUCAAGUAUAUAUAUGCCCUACUUGAACCUCCUUAUCUAAUAAUUCUCACCCACCGUGAACUCUACCCAACAUACCGAAAUACUCCUUCAUUCAGAAGUUAUAAUCAAACGACACAAUGACUUCAGCAAUCGAAGAUGAGUAUCCCCUUGAUCGAACCAUUUUAGGUUCCUCCCGGUGAGUUUGAGUCACUCAACCAUAUAUCUAACCAGAAGCUAAAAAUUCAAGUCUCUAUAUGCAGCAUUGGCUUUGGCAAAGAUUGGCCGGGAACCUAUUGCAUUCAAGUAUUGCAAUCAAGGAAAACAUGAAGAUUGCCGAUAUAGCGUGUGGAACCGGGUAAGCGUUCUUGUGCCUCGUAACACAAGAUUGAUGUUACUAACAAAAGUGAAGGAUCUGGGUCAUAGAUUUAGCAAAAGAGCUUGAGGAAUCAAACACAUCGGUACAAUUAGACGGUUUUGACAUCUCAGCCGCUCAAUAUCCUCCGUCCGCAUUGCUCCCCUCAAAUGUCAAAUUAGAUAUCCUUGAUAUCUUCGAACCCGCCCCAGAGGAACUGAGAGGACAAUACGAUGUGAUUCACAUAAGUCUUCUAUGCCUCGUGAUCCGCGACGGAGAUCCAAGAUCAGUUUUAGACAAUCUGUUGACAUUGCUAAGUUUGUUCCCAGCUCCGUAAGGAGUCUUUUUGUGAAUUAAACUGAAAUAUGUUCAGAACCGGGAGGUUACAUCCAAUGGAAAGAAAACGACUUCAGUGAGAUUUACUGCACAUCUACUAGCGCGGAUAUAUCAACCAACGAGCUCAACAACUUAAAGAAAUGGGUAUAUGAAGUUCCGUUGAAGGGAUUCCCCAACUUUGAGUAUUUCCCCCUCAUUUCUUUUCCUCUCCGUCAUAGUCAUAGUAUAAUACUAUACUGAAACCCUAACAUCACAUAGAUGGAUACGUCAACUCAGCUCCAUCUUCCAAGAACGCGGAAUAACCAUUCUCGAAGACCAGCUAAUCAAACCCGAAGCCGAUAUUGCGUAUGCAUGGACAUUAAUGCACAUGCAUGGGAUGAAGGAAUUAGUUAAUGUAGCAGCAGGAGGCUCGAAAGAGGCAAUGGAAUUGCAUCGACGGGCUGCUCGGGAGGUCCAGAGGGGUGCUUGUCUAAUUAUGAGGUUGGUGAAUGUGGUGGGUAGGAAGGCCGGAGGUGACUGAGAUUCUUGUUUGUAGAGGGGCUUUUCCUAUCCUACGAUAAUGAUGAAAAUGACAAGACAAUGUGUCAAAACGGGAGUCAGAUUUUGAUUCAUUUUCCAUCAAAUACGUCUUGUAUAUCCGCAGUAAUUUCCCCAAUAACUUCAAGGCACAUACAUCAUCGAGCAUCUAGCCGUCAACCUUUUCAUCUUAU